AUGGUCCUUCGAGCCGGAGAACAACAGACAGGAACUUCCGUGCUAACAACCACGGGGAAAAACAACACCAAACCUUUAGUGGAUUUCAGAGAGUUCUGGGCACUAGAGCAUAUGGGGAUAACCCAGGAAGAACUGGAAGAUCCCGGAUUUCUAAAAACGUAUCAGAAUACGAUUAAGAGAAAUAUAGACGGAAGAUAUGAAAUCUUAUUUCCGUUUAGAAACAACCGUAGAUCGGUUGAGACGAACAAGAACAUAGCCUCAAUUAGGCUGACAAACCUUCUCAGGAAGAUGACGAAAGAAGAGAAGGUUGAAUACCACAAAAUAUUCGUCCAAUACGAAAAGGAUGGUUACAUAGGAGAAGCAGACAAUAGCUAUGACGGGGUCUGCACCUAUCUACCACAUAGACCAGUCAUUAAAACGGAAGCCAAAACUACGAAAAUUAGACCCGUUUUUGACGGUUCCGCACAUCAGCAGAAUAAACCGAGUAUCAACGACCUGCUAGAAACUGGACCAAACUUAAAUCCAGAGAUCCUGGCAGUAUUGCUACGGUUCCGGCAGAACAAAAUCGCCUGGACGGCAGAUAUAGCGCAAGCAUUCCUACAGAUAGGAAUACAGGAAGAACACGAGCAGCUAAUAAGGUUCCUAUGGAUCGAAGACCCCGAUCAAGAGUCGGCCAGAGUUAAGGAGUACAGAUGGAAACGAGUACCCUUUGGACUGUCAUGUAGCCCCUUCAUUUUAAGGGCUGUGAUUUUGAAAUGCCUAGACGAGCACCAGUCAGCGUUUCCAGAAUUGACAAAGCAAUUGGGACACCAGUUAUACGUAGAUGACUGGUUGGGGGAGCUGAUAACAUCAGCGAAGCUACCCUACUGA